GCAGCUGUGUGAUUUCCUGAGGACUCUGUUGCUGGUGCUAGGGAUAAAAGCACACAAUAACCUCCAAGUCCCCAGUUCCUAUCCUUCCACCCUCCCUCACCCUACCCCUCCCUCAUUUGGCACCAGAGGAGCCAAACUCACCCAUGCUUUAAACAGUUUGAAGACCAAUCUGAAAGAGGAAGAAGGAUCUGUAUACAUUGACUAGCAUGUGCCCUGCCCCCUCCGCUCUUCAAAGACAGCAGCAGCCCAUCUUUUCAAAGAAGCUUGCCUGAAGAGCAGGCGCCCUGUGAAUGAAGUACACUCUCAGGGUCCUGCAGAUUAUUUAGAUCCACUGUGCAGAUCACCAAUGACGGCUUAGCUGUGCAAGAAACAGGUACAUUGGAUUUACUGAAGACUUGGAGUUUGCUUCUGAGAACAAAAGCAAAAGGACCCUAAAGUGUCAGCCUUGAACUGUGCAGUUUAGGCUUUACGUGAUAUUACAUCAUAAGAGGAACUGACCACAAAGCAGAACCCUUCGUGAAAAGUGCCACAGUGCAACGAAGAGGCACCGAGCAGACAUUCCUAGAAAAACAUGGAUGGAGCUGGAAACCUGACAGCAUCCUCGGCCAGCAAUAACACGUGCAAUGGCUCUAUCGAAGACUUCCGCAAUCAAGUGUACUCCACCAUUUACUCUAUGAUCUCCGUUGUGGGCUUCUUUGGCAACGGCUUUGUGCUCUGUGUCCUCAUAAGAACGUAUCAUGAGAAGUCAGCCUUCCAAAUAUACAUGAUUAACCUAGCGGUAUCAGAUCUACUCUGCGUAUGUACACUGCCUCUCCGCGUGGUCUAUUAUGUUCACAAAGGCAUGUGGUUCUUUGGAGACUUUUUGUGUCGCCUCAGCACCUAUGCCUUGUAUGUCAACCUCUAUUGCAGCAUCUUCUUCAUGACCGCCAUGAGCUUUUUCCGGUGCAUUGCUAUUGUUUUCCCAGUCAAGAAUAUUAAUUUGGUGACAGAGAAAAAAGCCAGAUUUGUGUGUGCUAGCAUUUGGGUUUUUGUGAUUUUGACCAGUUCUCCAUUUCUAAUGUCCAAAAGUUACAAAGAUGAGAAAAACAAUACCAAGUGCUUUGAGCCUCCACAGGACCAUCAAACUAAGAAUCACAUUUUCAUCUUGCAUUAUGUGGCGCUGUUUGUUGGGUUUCUCGUUCCUUUUACUAUUAUAAUUGUCUGUUACACAAUGAUCAUUAUGACUUUGCUAAAAAAUUCCAUGCAGAAAAAUCUACCAAGUCGCAAAAAGGCUGUAGGAAUGAUUAUAGUCGUGACCGCUGCCUUUUUGAUCAGCUUCAUGCCAUAUCAUAUUCAACGUACCAUUCACCUUCAUUUUUUGUACAAUGAAACUAAACCUUGUGAUUCUGUUCUUAGAAUGCAAAAGUCAGUGGUCAUAACUUUGUCUCUGGCUGCAUCGAAUUGUUGUUUUGACCCUCUCCUGUAUUUCUUUUCAGGGGGGAACUUUAGGAGAAGGCUGUCUACAUUUAGAAAGCAUUCUCUGUCCAGCAUGACUUAUGUACCCAAGAAGAAGGUCUCAUUGCCGGAAAAAGACGAUGAAAUAUGAAAAGAAUAGUGUAAACCCAUCUCUGACGCAAAUCAAUGAAAUAUAGUUUCCUGAGCAAGUAUUUUCUCAAAUAAUUAUAAUAAACAUGACGACUUCCACUAAUAAUUUACAAAUACUUAACUAGAUGCAUGCCUAUAAAUUUAUCUCAUUCAUGCAUCCACAUUAUGAUAGGCCCUAAAAGUGUUUUUAAGUGUUAAAAUUUCCAUCCACAACUAUUAACUAAAUCAUCUGGCUGAUAGCCCAGUGGGUUGAGCACGGGCCUGUGAAGCAAAGGGCCACAGGUUCGAUUCCCAGUCAGAGCACAUGACUCAGUUGCAAGCCAGGUCUCCAGCGGGGGGCAUGCGGGAGGAAACCACACAUUGAUGUUUCUCACCUUCCCUUUCUCCUUUCCUUCCUCUCUCUCUAAAAAUAAAAUAAAUAAAAUCUUUUUAAAAAUUUUCAUCCCAUAACUAUUAACUAAAUUAUAAAUUUGAUCAUUUGUCACGAGGUGAAGAAUACUCAUGUAUUGGCACUUAAAAAAAUGGGUACAAGAUCAAGAAUUUCCCCUCAACUGAAAGCUUUACAAAGGACAAGAACUAGCCUUUUCAGAUGUAAAAUUAACAAACAGUUUUCGACCAUACUAACAUGUCCUUCUGCAUGCAUGGCAUCAGAUGACAACUGGAAUGACCCAGGAGCUACAUAAACUGUACUGCCGCCUUCUUCCUUUGUAGCAUUGACUGACGAGGCCAAGUAGGGCCAUUUCUCCCAACAGAACAUACAAAUGCUAGAAAAGCCUGGUAGUCAGCCAAAUGGCCCUUAAAAGGCCCCAUGCAAUGUAUAGUCUGCAAACUAAGGGAGAUAAACCUGGUCAAAGACCAGUUAGUGUCCAAAUGUCUUCUGCUCCUGACUCCCAACCCCUAAAAGACAAUGGUGACACUUUUGUUCAUCACUGAGGUUCUUAUAGGGAAUUCUCCCCCUAUAUGACACACAGACCUUCCUCAAGAAACCAGACAACUGGCAUUUCUAUCUUUGAACAGAAGUAGUUAAAAAUGUAAUGAAAAUGGGUCUACAUUUCUACAUGCUCAUUACUGGGAUCAAAAUGUUCUAAAAUAGAUUUUUAAGAAAAAAUUGUUGAUAUUAUAAAUUGUUUUAAGGAAUACUUAUAUUUAUGCUUAUGUGUAUAAUGAUAUGUAAGAAAUUUUGCUCUGUGAUAUACAUUUAUGAGUGGAAGUGAAUUACAAGCUGUACUAGUGUUUUAUACUUUUUACUUUUUUAUUGGCAUGUUGACAGGAAUAUCAAGGAUAUGUUUACAAUGGUUUUUAUAUCACAGUGAAAGCUUUGUUCUUAAAACAGCAAACAAAAAUUUGAUUAUUGCUGAAAUAUAAUUUUCAUGUACAAGUUUCUACCAAAUUGUGGUCUGUUCCUUAAUUCUGUGUUUCAAAAGGCAUAUUACUUCAGAGGAAAUAAAUGAUAAUGGGGAAAAAAG